AUGUUUAUUCUGACCAAGAUAUCGGAUCUGGUGCGGGUUCCGCCAGACCAAUUUCAUAGACACCCUAAGGCCUCCAUUUUCCAUCAAUUGAACAACAAGUUCGCCAACAAGGUGAUCCCGCAUGUGGGAUUGUGCAUCACUAUAUAUGACCUGCUGGCAGUUGAUGAAGGCCAAUUGAAGCCGGGGGAUGGUGCGGCGUAUAUUAAUACCACCUUCCGAGCAUUAGUGUUCAAACCGUUUGUUGGAGAAAUACUUACGGGCUGGAUAUCUCAGUGCACUGUAGAGGGCAUCAAAGUGUCAUUACUUGGAGUUUUCGAUGAUAUUUUCAUCCCCCACAAAAUGCUUUUCGAAGGAUGCUAUUUUUCGCCUACUGAUGGUGCGUGGGUAUGGCCAAUGGACGAAGAAACAAAGCUGUACUUUGACGUCAACGAAAAGAUUCGAUUUCGCGUAGAGCAAGAGGUGUUUGUAGACGUCAAGCCUAAGUCACCCAAAGAAAGGGAGGCAGAAGAACAGAUGGAAGAAGAGAGCGAGGAAUCUGCUCAGGCACAGAAUGCCAAGAUUGCAAAACCUCCAGCCUACGCGCUUCUGGGAUCUUGUCAAACGGAUGGAAUGGGACUUGUCGGCUGGUGGGAAUAA